CAUCACUAACAUCACAUAUGCAUAUGCUUAUCGCUUGACCGCAUUUGACUUUUGCUGGUGAUCGUCAAGUUGACACCUGCCACGUAACCUCCUAGUCUGCCACUUGUCAGAGUUUGCCACGAUAUCGCAAUCAUGUCCGGCGACGUGAGCGAAGUCCCUAAAAAAAAGAUGAUGAUAACUUGUGCAAAUGUAUCGGAGCAGGCUCACCAUGUGUCACGUGCUAAGCGUGGGCAAGCAAUUGGCACUAUAAGUGGUUUCCGAGGAUGCACGGUAUGGCUGACAGGACUUUCAGGAGCAGGGAAGACCUCGAUUGCUUUCCAAGUCGAAGCGCUCUUGGUUGAGCGAGGGAUCGCGGCAUAUGGACUCGACGGAGACAAUGUUAGGACUGGUUUAAACUGUAACCUUGGAUUUUCUAAAGAGGACAGAAACGAGAACAUAAGACGGGUCGCAGAAGUAGCCAAACUUUUUGCCGAUAGUGGCCAGAUUUGCUUAUGCAGCUUUGUAUCGCCUUUCGAAGACGACAGGCAAAUGGCACGGCACAUUCAUGAGGCAUCGGACUUACCGUUCUUCGCAGUGUUCGUUGACACUCCACUUAAUGUCUGCGAAGCUCGAGAUACCAAAGGACUGUACAAGAAAGCACGGCAAGGUGUCAUAAAGGGCUUUACUGGGAUCGAUCAGAAAUAUGAGCGGCCAGUCGACCCCGACUUAGUGGUGACCACAGAAAAUUGUACUCCACGAGAGUCUGCCCUGGUGGUUAUUGAAUUUCUAGAGAAGCAAAAAAUCAUUCCAAUCCUCCCCAAACCUGGAUUACCAGUCCCCGAGUUGUUUAUAUCCGAAGAAAGACUACCCGUCGUCAGAGCCGAAGCCGAUACACUCGACAGCAUAGAAAUUACUGACAUGGAUGUUCAGUGGCUUCAAGUUUUGUCGGAAGGAUGGGCUGCACCGCUAACUGGUUUCAUGAAAGAGAGCCAGUAUCUUCGGGUACAACAUUUAAGGAGCCUCGAGAACGGCAAUAGGGAAGUGAAUCAGUCAGUGCCUAUAGUAUUGGCGGUGAGCACACAGGAGAAAAGUCGCCUAGAAGGACUGACGGCGGUAGCUCUGAAACGAGACGGAAAAGUCUUAGCCAUCCUGAGGAAACCGGAGUUUUAUUUCCACCGAAAGGAGGAAAGAUGCGGUUGGCAAUUCGGAACUAACAACCUCGCACACCCGUACGUUAAAAUGAUUCACGAGUCCGGGGACUGGCUAAUGGGUGGAGACGUAGAAGUCCUAGAGAGAAUCAGAUGGUACGACGGACUCGAUGCAUACAGAUUGACUCCGAACGAAAUCCAGGCAAAGUGCCGGGAAAUGCGAGCCGACGCCGUUUUUGCGUUUCAGCUAAGAAAUCCGAUUCACAACGGUCACGCGCUUCUAAUGCAGGAUACGAGAAGGCGAUUACUGGAAGAGAGGGGUUUCAAAAAUCCCGUCUUACUGUUGCACCCCUUAGGAGGCUGGACAAAGGACGACGACGUCCCCUUGGACACGAGGAUACGUCAGCACGAAGCAGUUCUCGACGAAGGCGUCCUCGAUCGCGACUCAACUUUGCUGGCCAUUUUUCCAAGUCCGAUGAUGUACGCUGGACCAGUCGAGGUGCAAUGGCACGCCAAGGCGCGGAUGAACGCGGGUGCAAAUUUUUAUAUCGUCGGUAGAGACCCGGCAGGAAUCCCUCAUCCCAACAAGGAAGCUACGCCCGAUGGGAAUCUGUACGAUCCAACCCAUGGGGCCAAAGUGCUUUCCAUGGCGAGAGGGUUACAUGCCUUAGAGAUAAUACCUUUCAAAGUAGCCGCGUAUGACACGCGCAAUAAGCGGAUGGCCUUCUUCGACAGAAAUCGCGCCCAAGAGUUCGACUUCAUCUCGGGAACGAGGAUGCGAGGCCUUGCCAGAGCUGGAGAGAAGCCACCCGAUGGGUUCAUGGCACCCACCGCAUGGAAGGUGCUAGCAGAAUACUACAGAAACUUAGCCGAGAAUUAAAAUAUUGUAAUCUAGGAUUAAUGACGAAACCUUCGCUGCGAGGAACGGAUCGAUGAAUGGAUACUUUCCGAUCACAGAGUCGAUUGACACUGGGAAUAUUGUUCCUUGGAUUAAUUGUUUAAUCCACUUUUAUCGCUCAGAUGCAUUAACGAGACCACUCGACGAAUCGUCGCUUCAUUGCCGCGUAGUUUAUUAUUUAAUAACGUUAUUUAAGCGUAUCUGAAGUCAGGAAACAAACCGUUCAAAUGUGUACCUUGUUUGCGGACAUUUUUAAGUUGCCAUCGCAUACUGUAGAUAUCUCGCAGAUAUCUAACUCAAUGAUAAUGUUCGGUGACAAUUGUCAGCUGCUCGCACGCAUGGGUAUGCGUGCAGUUUCCCGUGGCGCACUACUUUUUAAAUAUGGAAUUAUUUUUACCUGGGACUUCAAAUGAAAAAAGACUAAUCUUUUACUCGUUUAAUCUUAGGGUAUCCUGGGUUAUAUAUGUUUGUAUUUUAACCGAAAAGAGGAUUAUGAAUCAUGACAUUAGAGGUAUUUAAAAAAGAAUAUGGAUCCGCACAUAGGACGACCAUAAAUGAAGGGAUAUACAUCUUUUCUUGUAAUUCAUCUGUCUUUCCAGGGAUUUGGGGAUUCGUGAAAAGACGAUUAUAAGGACAGUAUUUUCAUUUCCAUGUCUUGUGGAAAGCUUAGCGACCUGAAUGGCAUUUAUGCUCUAUUGAGAAAUGCAUUUCGUUAUGUAAUAUCAUACGCUUAUGGCAGAUUUAAAGGUCACAUUAAAAUAGGCAUGUGGGCGACAACUGUCAGUCAUAGGCGCGUUAUUUCUAUACACAUCAUAUACAUUUGCUAUUAUACAAAUUCACCCAACAAUGAGAAUAUUAUUUUAUCUCAAAAUAAAUUAGAAAACCCAA